UCAAAAUAGGCCCAUCCCAAACCCUUCUCUCAUUUUUCUUCACUCAAGCUGCCACAAACCGCUCACUGCUCUCUGUCGUCUCCAACUCGCACUGUUUAUGAGUAAUAUUGUUGUUGAAAUCACAUCUAGAAUUUUGAAAUUGUUGUUGAAAUCGCGUUUAGUUAAAAUUUUGGAGAAAAAAACUGUCAAAAUUUGUUAUAUAGAUUUCAAAACCCUCAUUUCCCCCUCACGCAAAACCCAUCUCCGCCAAUCUGCGUAGGUUUCACGUUCACCGCAAUGGCUGGCACAGGAUUCUCAUUCGGCUUCUCCAGUACUGGCUCCGCCUCCUCCGCACCUUCCUUCGGCAUUGCCUCCGGAACCACACCGGCCUCCGCCGCCUCACCUUCUUUUGGCGUCGCUUCCGGAGCCUCAUCCACACCUUUAUUUGGUUUUGGCUCCGCACCGACGUCCUCCUCCACACCGUCUUUUGGCUUUGCCUCCAACCCUAGCUCCGCGAAUUCGUUUGGCUUUGGGUCGGGAACCGGCUCAUCUCCGUUCGGCGGUUCCUCGCCAUUCGGCUCAUCCUCUUCGGCCGCGGCCAACAUUUUUGGAUCAACUCCCGGCGGAGCUCCGACUCCUGGCAUUUUCGGAUCCUCGUCUUCAGGUACAGGCCAAACAGCUAACGCAUUCGGUUCUGCGGCUUCGAACCCCGCUCCAACAACUCCCCCGCCUUCCUCAUCUCCGUUUGGCGCCCAAUCGGCCUUUGGAUCCCCUGCGCCCGGAUCCAACCUUUUCGGCUCCGGUGCUCCAACUCCCAGUCUAUUUGGCAAUUCUUCUUCUUCCGCAGCUUCUGCGAGCAACACCGGCUCACUUUUUGGGUCAGGGGCGAGUGCAACACCUAACCCUUUUGGAUCAACCACAGCUGGGUCAGUGGCGAGUGCAACACCUAAUCUUUUCGGAUCAACCACAGCUGGGUCAGGGGCAAGUUCAACACCUAGUCCUUUUGGAUUAACCACAGCCGCCAGUGCACCAGCAUUUGGGUCGGGCCUGGCCCUGAACGCAGGGCAAUUUGGCUCGUCGACUUCAGCGCCGUCCACACCACAGUUUGGGGUGAGUUCUGCGCCUGCAGGCGUAUUUGGAUCCUCAGCCCCAGCUUCUACAGGAGGCAAUUCUACAUCCUUGUUUGGGGCAAAUUCUGGUUCAAGUCCUGGUCUUUUUGGUUCUUCCAACUUAUUCGGAUCGUCCUCUGCUUCGCCAUUUGUUGUGGCGCCGUCAACCACUUCUUCAAGUUCAGCUUCACCUACUUCUGGAUUUUCGUUUCCCACUUCAGCAUUCUCCGUUUCAAGUUCAGCUGCUUCAGCACCCGGGUUCUCGUUCCCCAGUGCUUCGGCUUCAGUUUCUGCUGCGCCUGGACUUUCUCUUCCCGCAUCAUCGGCCACGUCGGCUCCUGCAUUUUCAUUUAAUACAGCUUCUGGCACCACUUCUUCUGGCAUUUCGUUUUUGAAGAGCACCACUAGCUCUGCCUCCUCAGCAUCAGCCACAACGUCUCUAUCUUCUUCACCUGGUUUUUCAUUUGCUUCGGCACCCUCUCUUUCAAGUGCUUCGGCCUCAAAAAAUCAGUCACCUCUCUUUUCAACUGUCACAACUACUACCACAACCAGUGCUUCAGCUCCUUCCGCAUUAAGUGUGUCUUCUGCUAGUGCCAGUGCAAGUCCUGGUUUGACGUUUCCAUCAUUGACCGUGUCUGCACCGGGGACCAGUGCAUCUGCUCCAACUUCAGGGUUUACAGGUUUCGGCACAACUAGUACGCCUGCAUCAUCCUCUGGAAGCGCAAGUUCUUUCUCAUUAUCUUUGAAAACACCCGGAACUGGAGCCUCACAAGCACAAUCAAGCGUGGCGCUGCCUUCUUUCGGUGUUUCAGCUGCAAGCUCAACAACGGCAGUGAGCUCAAGUACCAGUUCUGCUGCUCAGACAUCAUCUAUCCUUGUUGCAGCUUCCAGUAGUGGGACUGCUCCAGUCACCAGUGCGGCACCAACUUCUACACCAAAGUUACCAUCUGAAAUCACUGGGAAAACAGUUGAGGAGAUCAUUAAAGAAUGGAAUGGGGAACUUCAGGAGCGUACUGGGAAGUUUAGGAAACAAGCUAAUGCUAUAGCUGAGUGGGAUCGCAGGAUUCUGCAGAAUCGUGAUAUUCUUCUUGGGCUUGAGAGUGAAGUUGCAAAAGUAGUUGAAACGCAAGGUAGUUUGGAGCGGCAGCUGGAGCUAAUUGAAACUCAUCAAGAUGAGGUUGACAAGGCCCUGCAAAGCAUGGAGGAGGAAGCUGAGCGACUGUAUAAAGAGGAGCGUGGAAUGCUUCUUGAUGAUGAUGCUGCAUCAACUAGAGAUGCAAUGUACGAGCAGGCUGAAGUGAUAGAGCGGGGAUUGGAGCAGAUGACAGAACAGAUCAAGUCGAUUAUAAACAGUCUUAAUGCCAGUCAAGGUGGAGAGCUUGAAGCAACAGACGGAAUGACUCCCCUUGAUGUUGUUGUUCGCAUAUUAAACAAUCAGCUUAGUUCGUUGAUGUGGAUUGAUGAGAAGGCUGAGGAAUUCUCUUCGCGGAUUCAGAAGCUUGCUAGCCACGGCUCUGCCGCAGAUCGUGAACUGAGCGGCCCUAAGCUGUGGUUGAACUGAGACGGCGAAUGCUGCUCGAAAUUUUCCGAGGGAGGGUAACAUUGAUAGGCUUCGACUGCGCACAGAAUGCUUCGAUGUUUUUUCAAGUAGAUGUUGAGAAAACUAUAAUCUCUUGUGACACGAUUCAGUUAUACCUGUGUAUAUUGCUAUCUUUGCAGUUCUAGUUGAUACAGAGUCUUUUUUUUUUUU